AUGGCGGGACCAAUGGUGCUGUGCUAUGUCGUGCUGUUGGCCACCGGGAGCGGCGCCCAUCGGGACCAUCGUGCCAGGCCGACGGCUUCGGCGGAGGAGUCGGAAAUUGGGCAGCUGCUGAGCGCACUCUCCGAGUCGACUCGGGAGGCGAACGACGAUGGCUACGAGGUGGACGAUUCGGGCCUUCUGGUACCGGCGUCCCUCGUGGGCAGGAGUGCCAGAAGCAACGGGAGUACGGCGACCGCGGGGUCGCCAAGUCCCAGCGGGAGAUCAACGAACGACCAGCGACGGAUUGGGAAGCGGGGACUGAACACGCUGGCGGUGCAACCGUCCGACAGUAGCAAAAACUACACCGUUUACUACGUUGGGGUGCUGAUGGCCUCCCACCUGGACUCACCGUUCGACCUGGAACGAUGUGGCCCGGCCAUCGAUUUGGGACUGGAGAUGGUGAAUCUGGAGCUGGUUAAGUUGCACAAUGUGAAGCUGGAAAAGGUCAUGGGAAGCUACGCCUCCUGUUCCGGUUCCAAAUCGCCCGGACUGGCGGCCGACAUGCACUUCAAGUACAGCGUGAUCGCUUUCAUCGGGCCGGCCUGUGCCUUCGCGCUGGAACCGGUAGCGCAGCUGGCCGACUACUGGAACACACCCAUCAUCACCGGGAUGGGCGAUCAGCCACCGUCCGAGGGUGAACUCUCGGUGACAUCCGGAAUACUGGGUCGGCUGAGCAACAGGUGGAAAAACGAUAGCUCGGGCAUGUUUAAGGAUAAAUCGCGCUACCAAACGCUGACCCGCAUGUCGUACUGCCAGUGCCGGCUGAAACUGGUCUUCUCGAGCAUUUUCCGCAAGUUCGGGUGGCGCCACAUCGCCCUCAUCAUCGACCGGUCCGACCUGUUCUCGCUGACGGUCGGCAAGAACCUGGAGUACGGGCUGAAGGACGAGGAGCUGCUGAAGUUCGUCCGCGAGCUGGACGGCAAUGACGAGGAGGAUAUCGAUGAGUACCUCAAGGACGCCAGCAUGUACGCCAGAGUCAUCAUUCUAUCCGUGCGUGGCUCGCUCGUGCGAAAGUUUAUGCUAUCAGCGCUGGCCCUCGGGAUGACCCGCGGCGACUUCACCUUCCUGGACGUGGAGAUCUUCCAGAGCUCGUACUGGGGCGACCACUACUGGGAGCUGGGCGACGAGGACGACUUUAAGGCGCGCAAGGCGUACGAGGCACUGCUGCGCGUGUCGCUGCUGCAACCGACCAGCCCAACCUACCAGGGGUUCGCCGAGAAGGUGCGUCACCUGGCGAAGACCGACUACAACUACACGUUCGUCGAGGACGAGGAGGUAAACUUCUUCAUCGGUGCGUUCUUCGACGGCGUGUUUCUGCUCGGGAUGGCGCUGAACGACACGCUGAACGAGGGUGGCGACAUACGCGACGGGACGGCCAUUACCAAAAAGAUGUGGGGACGUGACUUUGAAGGUAUCACCGGCCACGUGCGGAUUGAUGACAACGGCGAUCGUGACGCCGACUACUCCAUCCUCGACCUGGAUCCAAUUACGGGCCGCUUCGAGGUGGUGGCCCACUAUUACGGCAUUACCAGGGAGUACUCCGCCGUGAAGGGAAAGAAGAUCCACUGGCCGGGCGGACGGGAGGGACCACCGCCGGAUGUACCGAAGUGUGGCUUUCUCGGCACCUCACCGGCCUGCCAGGGGAACAGUGAAAUGAUUAUCCUCUAUGGACUCGUCGGAUUUGGCAUAAUCUCGGCCUUUGCCGCCGCCGUCACGUAUAUUUUGUGCAAACAAAUGAAACUUAAUAGCGAGCUAAACAAUAUGUCGUGGCGCGUUCGGCCCGACGAGGUCCUGCUGGAGGUUGGCAAAAUGUUUGGCAGCAAAAUGGGACUCCAGAAGCUGAACUACGAGAACUUUUCGCUCCAACAAUUCGGCCUCAACUCGGGCCGUGUUUCGAUAGCGUCGGGCAACUCGCAGCUUCCGGCGCAGCUGUUCACCACGAUCGGCAUCUUUAAGGGCGAGCGGGUGGCGAUCAAGAAGGUGGCGAAGAAGAAGGUCUACAUCACCUCGACGCUGCUGUGGGAAAUCAAGCAGGCGCGUGACGUCAGCCACGAGAACACGGUGCGCUUCGUGGGCGCCUGCAUCGACCUGCCCCGGCCCACCAUCCUCAUCCUCACCGAGUACUGCCCGAAGGGCAGCCUGAAGGACGUGCUCGAGAACGAGGCGAUCCAGCUGGACUGGAACUUCCGCAUGUCGCUCAUCCACGACGUGGUGAAGGGCAUGGCGUACCUGCACAACAGCGACGUCGGCGUGCACGGCAAGCUGCGCUCGUGCAACUGCCUCAUCGACGGCCGCUUCGUGCUGAAGAUCUCCGACUUCGGGCUGCGCACGCUCACCACGCCGUCGGAGUACGUGCGCGACCAGAACUACUACAACAAGCUGAACUUUGCAGAGCUGCUGUGGGUGGCACCGGAGCUCCUGCCCGCAACCGUCAUCCCCGGGACGCCCGCCACGCAGAAGGGCGACGUGUACUCGUUCGCCAUCAUACUGGAGGAGAUCGUGGUGCGCGGUGGGCCGUACGAGACGGCCCGCCAGUUCAUGGAUCCGCAGGCGAUCGUCGAGCGGGUGGCCCUGCACGAGAGCCCUCCAUUUCGGCCGUUCGUCGGACAGCGCGACUGCCCGCCUGAUCUGCUCGAUCUGAUGGAGAAGUGCUGGUCGGACAGCCCGGACGAUCGGCCCACUUUCUCGAGCAUUCGCAGCAGCGUUCGAUUGAUCAUGAAGGGAUUCUGCGAGAACCUGAUGGACGAUUUGCUACGCCGCAUGGAGCAGUACGCGAACAACCUGGAGAGCCUGGUCGAGGAAAAGACGGAACAGCUGAGCAUGGAGAAACGGCGCACGGAGGAGCUGCUGUACCAGGUGUUGCCACGGCCCGUCGCCCAGCAGCUGCUCGCCGGCGAAAUGGUACAGCCGGAGCAGUUCGAGUGCGUCACGAUCUACUUCAGCGACAUCGUGGGGUUUACGGCGCUCUGCGCCCAGUCGCGCCCCAUGGAGGUGGUCGACUUCCUGAACGACCUGUACAGCACGUUCGAUCGGAUCAUCGGGUUCUACGACGUGUACAAAGUGGAGACGAUCGGCGACGCGUACAUGGUGGUGUCGGGCCUGCCGGAACGGAACGGCCACGACCACGCGCGCGAGAUUGGCCUAAUGGCGCUCGCCAUCCUGGACGCGGUACGUUCGUUCACCAUCAAGCACAAGCCGGACUACCAGCUGAAGAUCCGCAUCGGCAUCCACUCCGGGCCGGUGUGCGCUGGGGUCGUCGGUCAGAAAAUGCCCCACUAUUGCCUGUUUGGCGAUACGGUCAAUACUGCUUCCCGGCUGGAGUCAACUGGACAUCCACUCAAAAUCCACGUCUCCGAAGCGACCAAACAGAUACUGGACAAGUUCGGAACGUUCCGUCAGGAGCUACGCGGAGACGUUGAGCUGAAAGGAAAGGGAAUUGUAACGACCUACUGGCUGCUGGAGUGUUCCGAACCUGAUCCAAGACCCCCAACACCGCUGAGAAACUACGUCGAGAACGAAGUACCGUUCCCGAUACUAUUUCCGGCGAUCGGGAAGUAAAUGUCAUCAUCAUCACCAUUAUGCUGGAGAGUGCCCUUGUAACAGUG